UCCAAUAAUAAUCAUCAACAUACACCUUUCCCCAUCUUCACACUACACAAACCAUAUCUUAUUAUAUACCAAUGAAACAUGAAGAUUAAGAACCCUAAUUUAAGAUUUCACAAAAUAUGGACAGGUUGGUGAAACCAGAUGUGAAGGAAGUUGAGAUGAUUUUUGAAAAGACUGAUGAAAAGUGCAGCGCAACGUUCAGACUCACCAAUCUCAUGCACGCCAUGGCCGUCGCAGUGUCCCUAACCACCACAAACCCUUCUUCUCCAUUCUCCAUAGACAUUCCACUCUCCACAAUCCCACCUCUUUCUUCUUCCACAUACACCAUCUCGCUCUCUCAUCUCUCAGAUAAUGGAAGACUUUUCUCUACAGCGCCGGAGGCCGUCGCAGUCGUAACCUCCAUGCUCCUAGCUGGAAAGUCACACAGCUGCGAUGACCUCCGCCGCCUCUUCUUGAAGCCAGGACCGCACGUGUUCAACGACGCCGUCAUCCCCGUUUCAGUAGUAGGCCCUCACUUCGCAGAGUUCCUCAUCUCAAACCACAUCCCCCGAUGCUGUUCCCUUCUCCACAAAGCCAUAUCAAGAUGUCUACCGUCGCAGCUCACGGAUCUGUUGACUUACGCCGUCGAAUGUGGAAACGCAGAAUCCGUUGCCGUUUUGAUAGACGCCGGAGCUGACUCGAACUCCAAGGACUCUAACGGAAAAUCGCUUGUCCCCUUGGCGAUUCGAGCAGGGAAUGAAAUCGAUGUGGUGAAGGUCUUACUAGCUUCUGGUUGCGUAAUCGAAAAUAAGGUGGACUUGGUUUUGCACGAGGCUGCGGCGGCGAAUAGGGUAGAUCUCAUGCGGUUGCUGUUUGAAUUUAUCGGCGAAUAUGAUGCUGACGUGGAUUCGGUGAAUCACGAAGGUAGGACUCCAAUUCACGUGGCUGCGCUUCACGGACACGUAGAUGUCAUCAGGUAUUGUGUUUCGAUGGGAGGGAAUCCAAACGUUGUGGACCGGAAGGGGUGGACGCCGUUGCAUUGUGCAGCGUCGGAGGGGCAGUUGGGAGCCGUGGAGAGUUUGUUAGCGGAAUGUGCGUGCGAUGCGAAGCGCGCGGUGGAUAGAGAGGGGAAAACAGCAUUUGCCAUAGCAAUGGAGAAUGGACACGUGGAAUUAGGAGAUUUGCUGCAUUGGGGGGACGUGCUGUUUCGGGCGGCGAGGGUAGGGGACGUGCACGGGAUGGCAAGUUGUUUGACAGUUGGGGGAGCGGACGUGAAUGGAAGGGACCAGAACGGGUGGACGGCCCUGCAUUGGGCUGCAUUGAAAGGAAAGGUGAAGAGCGUUGAGGUCUUGAUUGAUAACGGUGCUGAGGUUGAUCCCGUUGAUGAGGUUGGGUACACUCCGUUACGGUGUGCCGUUGAGAGUGGUCACUUGCAGGUUGCGCUUUUUUUGGUUGCUCGUGGCUCUUGUGCAACUCUUGAUACUAUCAAGGCCUCCAAAGGCCUCUUUGCACCUCCUAGAUUAUUGGAUUCUUUUGGUAAAUUAACGAAACAUGUGCUGUGACUAAUGAUUAAUGAAGACCUUAACAUCAAUGUUUCAGCAUGCAGAUAGGUUUUACUUUGCUUUGCUUGUGGAUAAUGUACAUAUAUUUCAUCAGCUUUCAAAUGAAAGUUUAUCACAUCCACGCAUUUACUAGUAUUACUGUUGCUUUAAUUAUUGCUGUAAAUUUUGUUCAUAAAGACAUAAACUGAUUACAUGUCUGCUUGUUGACCA